AAAUGUGAAAACCAAAACCUACAAGUUUACAUUUUUAUCAUCGUCUCUACAAAACUUGAAACUUUACCCGGCGAGAAAGAUGGCAACUUGGUUGAUCAUCCUGCUCAUAAUCUCCAUUUCUCUUCUCCUCAAAGCUUUCUUCAACCCCUUUUCCUCUCCCAAAAGCCUCCCUCCUUCCCCUCCCACUUUCCCUCUCAUCGGCAACUUCUUAUGGAUCCGAAAACCCGUUUUCCAAAUCGAACAAGGCGUCCGCCGCCUCCGCCGUACUCUCGGCCCCAUCAUCACUCUCCACCUCGGUCCACGACCUUCCAUCUUUAUAUUCGAUCGUUCUUUAGCUCACCAAGCUUUAAUCCAAAACGGUUCGUUGUUUUCCGACCGACCCAAAUCUUUACCCGCUAACAAGAUCAUGAACAGCAACCAGCAUAACAUCAGCUCCGGCUCUUACGGCCCUUUAUGGCGGCUUUUACGACGGAACUUGACUUCGGAGAUACUCCAUCUGUCGCGGGUGAAGUCGUAUGCUAAUGCACGGAAAUGGGUUUUGGAUAUUCUUUUAAAUAGUUUACAACACAAGGCUGGAAAUGGUGAAUCGGUUGAGGUUCUGGUUCAUCUUCGAUAUGCGAUUCUGUGUUUGCUGGGUUUGAUGUGUUUUGGUGAUAAACUCAGUGAAGAACAGAUUAAAGAUAUCGGAGCUAUUCAAAGACGGGUGUUUGCUGGUUUCGGAAGAUUCAGUUUGAUUAACUUCUGGCCUCGAGUAACCGGAGUUUUGCUCCGGAAGCAAUGGGACCAGUUGUUUCAGCUACGGAAUGAUCUUGAAGACGUGAUGAUUCCAUUGAUAAGAGCUAGAAAGGAAGCUAAAAGCUCCGAUUCCGAUUCCGUGUUGGCAUAUGUCGAUACUUUGUUGGAUUUGGAAUUACCUGAUGAAAAAAGGAAACUCGACGAGAAAGAGAUUGUUACUUUGGCCUCCGAGUUCAUCAACGCCGGCACCGAUACAACCUCCACGGCUCUACAAUGGAUCAUGGCGAAUUUGGUGAAAUACCCUCACAUUCAAGAGCGAUUAUUCAUGGAAAUCAAGAGUGUUGCGACAGAUAUCGGUGUUGAAGAGAUCAAACAAGACGAUCUGCAAAAGAUGCCUUAUCUGAAAGCGGUGGUUUUAGAAGGGCUAAGAAGGCACCCGCCGACACACUUCGUGGUGCCUCAUUGUGUGACGGAAGACACCGUCUUGGGAGGUUACUUGAUCCCCAAGAAUGGGGCGGUGAAUUUCAUGGUAGCGGAUAUGGGGUGGGAUCCGACGGUGUGGGAGGAUCCGAUGGCAUUUAAGCCGGAGAGAUUCAUGGGUGGUGGUGGUGAGGAGGAGGUGUUUGACAUAACAGGGAGCAGGGAGAUAAAGAUGAUGCCUUUUGGAGUUGGGAGGAGGAUUUGCCCUGGACUUGGGUUGGCCUUGCUUCAUCUUGAGUAUUUUGUGGCUAAUUUGAUUUGGAGAUUUGAAUGGAAUGCCAUGGAUGGUGAUGAGAUUAGCUUGGAGGAGAAGAUGGAGUUUACGAUUGUGAUGAAGACUCCAUUGAUGGCCCAUGUCACACACAGGAAGAAGACAUGAGCUUUUACUUGGUUUUUUUUUCUACUUAAUAUAUUAAGUAUAUAGUGAAUCUAGCCUUAAUGUUUCCAUGUGGUGUUGAAUGAAUCCUUCCUUUUGUGAAGUUAUUA